AUGGCGGACAUAAUCAUGUCAUGUUGUAUGUCAGACCAAGAGAAAGUUCAGCGGAGUCGGAGUAAAAGUAUUGAUAAAAUAUUAGCGAAAGAGAAAUUACAGUUCCGAAGGACGGUAAAAAUACUGCUGCUUGGUGCUGGUGAAAGUGGUAAAAGUACGUUCUUAAAACAGAUGCGAAUUAUUCAUGGACAGGACUACGAUGAAGAUGCGCUGAAAGAAUUCAAAUGUGUCGUGUAUGGUAACAUUGUGAAGGGGAUGCGUGUGCUGAUAGACGCCAGGAACAAAUUAGGAAUACCAUGGGGCAGUCAAGAUAUGGUUAAACCGGCAAACUAUGUUUUUGAAUAUGACACAAACACCAGACUAGACGAGACACUAUUUAACCAGUACGUGGAGGCAAUGCGAACCCUGUGGAAAGACAGUGGCAUUAGACAAGCCUUUGACAGGAGACGCGAAUUCCAGUUGGGGGAUUCGCUGAAGUACUUCCUUGACUCACUGGACAGGAUAGGACAAAGGGGCUAUCUCCCAACCAAGCUGGAUGUUCUGCAUGCCAGGAAGGCCACAAAAGGAAUCAUUGAGCACAAGUUUGACAUAAGGGGAAUCCCCUUCCUGUUUGUGGACGUGGGAGGUCAGAGGUCACAGAGGCAGAAGUGGUUUCAGUGUUUCGAGGGCGUCACAUCAAUUCUGUUCCUUGUGUCCUCCAGUGAGUUUGAUCAGGUUCUACUGGAGGAUCGCAAAACCAACCGGCUAGUGGAAUCGUGUAACGUUUUCGAGACAAUUGUGAACAAUAAGUCUUUUACUAAAGUUUCAAUCAUUCUGUUCCUUAACAAAACUGACUUGUUAGAGGAAAAAGUGAAACACGUGAACAUUACAGACUACUUCCCGGAAUUUGAGGGCGACCCUCACAGGGUGGAGGAUGUACAGAUGUUCCUGUUAAACAUGUUCGAUGGGAGAAGACGGGAGCAAAACAAACCUCUGUUCCAUCAUUUUACAACAGCAAUUGACACAGAAAAUAUCAAAUUUGUGUUCCAGGCAGUGAAAGACACUAUCCUGCAAGACAACUUAAAAUCUCUCAUGUUACAGUGAUCUAUCUGCUUUGACCAAAUGGUCUUUGUGAGUUGACUAUAUUCAUGUAGAGAGGUUUCCUUUUUUUAUCCUAAAUCAAAAACAUUUUAUUUUAAUGUAUGUUUUAUGGUGAGUGAUUACCAAAUGGUUGAGUUGUCCUGCUGAUCACACCUUUCAGGACCUACAAAUGGUCCCUGAAGAUCCAGACUCUGUGUCUUGUGAUAUGUCCGGUCAUCAUCUCAUUACUCAUUUCAGGUGACAAAAAUUAUGCUCUCUUUUAAUGGAAAUGGUAUUACAGCCUUUGUUGUUUUUGUUUUUUU